CUUAGAUAUCAACAUGGGCUGAGUACUCCAGAUCUAAGGCAAACUCUUCCUAACCUGAAAAACUUCAUGGAGCUUGGGCUAAUGGUUAGAUGUGAUCGACACCAUACAUCCAGUGCAAUUCCUGUUCCAAAGAGACAAAGCUCCAGCUUCGGCAGAUUGGAUAUUGGCUUUUCCAGUGGGCUUCCUUCUCCAGAUAAAGGACUCCGAAAACGAGCCAGCACGGGAAAUGAAAGACUACAGUACAAAACUCCUCCUCCUAGUUACAACUCUGCUUUAACACAGCCUGUUGCCAUCACAGCCCAUGUGGGAGAGUUAGAUAAAAAACCUGGAUCGAUAUCUUCCUCAUUGGAUACCUCUAUGGACUCCUCGAAGGGAAAUACCAAGAAAGGCGAGGACUUGUGCGGCGGUUUAAAUGGAGAAAAUGGGAGCCUAAACAGUACCCGAGACCAGCAGGAGUCUUUCCUAGGACAUACUAGUGCAAUAAAUGGGGCGUUUCUGCCCGGUGAGUGCUCUGGCACUGCGAGCAACGAGCAGCCCUGUGAGUUUCAUCCCUCGCUCAGCCCCGUCCUUUGCUGUACCGUGGAGCAAGCAGAGGAGAUCAUGGGGAUGGAAGCAACGGGGUUCAGCACGGCAGACCAGCUAGAAGACUUUAACUCCAUCCCGGUGGAGCACGCCGUGGCCGUGGAGUGCGAUGAACAAGUCCUAGGGGAGUUUGAGGAGUUCUCUCGAAGGAUCUAUGCACUGAAUGAGAACAUGUCCAGCUUCCGCAGACCGCGUAAAAGUUCGGACAAGUGAGCUUGGACAGGGAUUUGAUAGCAGACAUUGAGGUGAAAUCAGUGAUCUGGAAUAGAGAUAAAAUUGCACUUAUUCUUUAUAUUAAUUAUAAAAAAAAUUAAAAAGCUAUUCCUAUGGUGUUAGACAAAUGGACUUGAGCAUGAUAACACAGGAUCAUGGUAUAUUCCCAGCCCAGGUAAAUUUUGAUUCUGCUUCCAGUCCUCUUAUGUCUGGUAUUUAUAAUCUGUUGGAAGUUUUUUUUUUUUAGGCGUUGGAAUCCAUUUAUAAAGGCUUUCCUGGAAA